GCGUGGCGUGGCGGCGCCCACUCUGUGCUUGGUGAUGGCUGGUGGCGGCGGCUGCAGCAGGUUGUCUGGCAUCUUGCAGGGAAUCCUCUUGGCUUUUGUGGGACUCGGAGUAUGGGAUGUGUUGUUCGUGUACGAAGAAAACAAGUGCAGCAUGACCUACAUGUUCGAGUACCCAGAAUAUCUUAAAAUAAAGCUUCCAAAGAAACUUUCCAGUCACUACCCAAGUUAUGGCCUCUAUCGUUAUAAGGAGAAAAAUUCAGCUGAAACACGUAAGGAACUAAAAGCCACAGGCAUCCCUGUACUGUUUCUACCUGGAAAUGCUGGGAGUUACAAACAAGUUCGUUCCCUGGGCUCUGUUGCAUUGAGGAAAGCUGAGAAUAUACACAAUAAGUUCCACUUUGAUUUUUACAGCAUUGAUUUUAACGAGGAGCUUGUGGCACUCUACGGUGGAAGCCUUGAAAAACAAACUGAGUUUGUGCAUGCAUGUAUAAAGGUCAUUCUUAAAAGUUACAAGGGUCAAAAAGGCGCACCUAGCAAUGUUGCAAUUGUGGGCCAUUCAAUGGGUGGCAUUGUCGCGAGAGCACUAUUCACUUUACCCAACUUUAAAUCUACACUGAUCAGUCUUAUUAUAACUCAAGCUACACCUCAUGUUGCACCAGUCCUAAUACUGGACAGCUACCUCAUAGACUUUUACACCACUGUGAACAAUCACUGGAUUCUCAAUGAAGAAACGUUGAGAAACAUUACCAUCCUCUCAAUGGGAGGCGGUUUCCGAGAUUAUCAAGUCCGCUCUGGUCUGACCAUUGUACCAAGCCUCGGCCUUUACAAUAAUACUCUAAAUGUUGUGACGUCGGCGGUCCCAAGAGCAUGGGUCUCAACUGAUCAUCUCUGCAUAGUUUGGUGCAAAGAGCUGGUACUAGCCACUGUUAGAGCCUUUUUUGAUCUUGUUGAUCAUAAUACUAAUCAGAUAACAAUGGAUCUAAAGAAGAUAAUGAAAGUCCUUCACCAUCAUUUUGUCACCUAUUCAGAAAAAGAUUCUGAAGAUAAUCCAGAGACUUCUGUCUCAUUUCCAGGUUCAACUGCAACGUGGAGUGAAAUUAAUACAUACGACUGGACUUACAACUCUCCGCAGUUUUCAGCACGGUUACCCAAAGCUUCAUAUUUUAUUUUACCACUUCCAAGUGAGGAGGAACUUUACAGUAACUUAUAUUGCCGAACCACCAAUCUGGAAUCAAGUGACUGGAUCUAUGGCUGUACCUUGAUUAACCAAUCAGUUUGCCAAGAAGGCAUUGAUCUGACUGGAGAGGCAGAAUUGCUGAAAAUGUACAAGAUCGUGAACUUCAAUGUGGAAAAGUACCGUUCAUUCUCCCAUUUUGUCAUUCACGUGUCUAAGGCUCGCGUUAAUAAACAGUUCACAAUGGAAUGUGAAUACCUGACAGUAAAAUCUAGAACGAUGUCUACCCCAAUUACAAAUGUCCUGUCAUUCGGUGCCUCUGUUCACAGAGUUUUAAUCAACUCAACAGGACUGAUACAUUAUGUCAAGCUUCAGGACUUCAAUAAGAUAUAUCAGGCUUUUGAAAUCCAUGUUGAAAGUCAAUGCCAGUCUUUGCAUGGGAAGAGAGCAGAUGUAUACAGGUUUCAUGUACCAUGGUCCCAUGAAGAUUCCGUUGUGACAACAAGUGUUCCAUCUUCCACUGUGAUCUAUGCCAAACUGCACAGAGCGAGGCCUGAGAAUGAUAGCUCUGUACCAGAGUUACAGCUUCACACAACCAGAAAUUGUCAAUAUGAGAUAACUAUCAGGACAUCUUUCUGUCAAGUUCUUGGGCAGCUGUUCAGAUUCCAUGGUGUUUACUUGCCCACAUAUGUUGUUGCAAACAUAUUAUUAGUAUUUGGAAGGCAAUUAAUCCAUCUUCAUAAUGAAGGUAAUUGUUUGGACUUCACCAUUGCCUUACAUGCAGCAGCAAAACCGUACAAAGUUAUUCCAUUUGUCAAUCUUGCUGCAUUUUUGUUAAGAUAUGAAUGGUUUCAGGAUGUAUGGUCUAUUCUUAUGUUACCUGAAAAUGACAUCCUUAUUUUAAAUGAACAAGGAAUCUCCUCCUCAGCUAUUUCGAUUCUCCUCUUCUUAUUUGGCACAGCGAUUGUCCACUGGAGUGGAAUCUUCUUUAGCUUAUUACUUAAACAACUUUCUUCCUUGUGGUCACUAUUUCAGAGGCCAUCAGUUGUUAAAAAAGAAAAUGGGCUGAUAAGUCGUCAGAGUUCUUGUGUUGUGAUUUUCUUCAUCAUUAUAAUCUGGACGACCUGUGGUGCUGUUGCUCUCAUAUUUGGUUACUUCCUCUAUCUUUUAAAGGUCAUAAGCCUUCAAGCCUCAGUACAAGCGAUGAAAGGCAUUCUUAAUUUGGCACCACGAGUGGAAACUGUGGAAAAGAUUCCAACGUCUCCCAGUGUAAAGGAAGAGGAAGGAGAAGGGGAAGAGGAAGAGGAAGACACAUCUGGAACGGCUAGCGAUUCCCCAGAAGAAUCAGAUCGGCUGAACCUAGAGUGUCCAAAUUGGCUCUCACUUUCAGAUGUUGAUGAUGCAGUGGACACUCUAAAGAUUUAUAUUACAAUCCUGCAUCUACUGAACUGGAUGAUGCUAUUUAGUGCACCAUCAUUUAUUUACUGGUUGAAAAAUCUCAGGUAUGCCAGAAGACUCAAUCCUGACCCUUGCGAUAUUGUUGCAACCAUCCUUGUAUUAACGAUGGGGAUUCUCAUUAAUUCACAUUCAACGUCUGUUAAGAGAAGCAACACCAUGCUGAAAGCGCAGGUUUUUACUUUGUGUCUCACCCUCUUCCUCGUGACUUUGGUCCAUGCAAUACCCCUGGAGUCUAAGGAUGCUUGGAAAUCUUUGGAAAACCCAAGGAACAGGGAAUUGUUUUUCCGAACGCUUCAAGCUUAUUUCUCUGGCCGAGGGCUUGACGUUGGCAAGUUCUCCACCGUUUUCAGAAUGGACAACAAGAGACCAUCAUCGGCGGCGGCUUCCCACUACCCCAACCACAUCACCUCUGCCUUCUCAGACUACGAAGGACAAAAAGAUUCCUUUGCAGCUUUGUUGAAAGGAUGACUACAGCGAGACCGAAAGCUGCCACGACGCUCUGAACACUCGCCUAGAAUCAAUAGCGAUCAACUCGAUCAAAGCACUGUCCUUUUAGUGUUAGGUUCACAGUCCACUGUUUGUGUCGACUUUUACUUUUGUCGAUGCCCUUUCCACUGAAUCGCCUCCCGCGUUUUUCAUGUUUAUGUUUAGAUGGCAUUUUGCUUUCACCUGAAACCUGUCAUUCUCUUUCAAUCUGUGAUGCAAAGUUUGAUCAACCUGGUAUUUCACGGCAAUGAGGGUCGGGUUUGGAAUUGUCGUGAAAUAAGCCAGGGUAAAAUAAAUGAAUGUGUUAAAU